CACAGACCACCUCGUCCAUUUUUGGAGCUGACGCCGUAGCUCCUUUGUCAUCCCGUGUACUCUGUAGUACCUGGGCACCUCCGUUAAAGGUUGCUGCAUGAUACCCAGUUACUGUGUCCUGUGUACUAGAAUCUGGGGAGCUGACCGGGGAGGCAAAACUUUUUAGAUCUCUCGCAUCUCGUAUUGCUCGUUCUAUUAAUGCUGGCUAUGGAUAGUGGGAGUUACUACAACCUCGAACUCAUCGUAGAGAAAGAUGGCCAUCUCACCUUGGUAUAGUUCGGGUUUCUCGAUAAGUUGCUCAAGUAAUGCGCUUAGUAUAGGAGGUGUGAUUGUUCUGCGCCGUCCGACCCCGUUCGAGGGUGCUUUGGUGGUUAUUGAGAGCUCAAGCACUAACGGCACGUGCUAUGGGUUGACAACACCUAUGUAAAGACAGAUUCAUGAUGCGGUCCAAAGCUUGAACUCAUCCUCCUUGCCAAUCUGCUUUAGUAACUCCCUUAGCUUAUCGUGAAUAUACGCUAGGGCCUCGCUCU